AUGCUCCAACAACUUUUACAAGGGCAAGCCAAAGGUUCUCUGGAAAUGAACAACAAGCUGGUUGAGAUACACUCUAAACUAGAGUCAUUGACUUCAAGAGUCCAAAUCAUUGAGUCUUCAAGUGCAUCAUCCUCUUCACCACAAGAGUAUGCCCAAGCAGUUACACUAAGAAGUGGGAGCAAUUCCCGAGUAGAGAACUCGAUCGAGCUGAAGAAACUGAGACACUGCAAGACAAACCAGAGCUCGAUCGAGCCAGAAGAGACAGACAAAGCAAACUCCAGCCAACCAGCUAAACCUGUUGCAAAGAAGAAAGACACUCCAGCAGGACCACCACCAUACAAGCCCCCUCUGCCCUUUCCAGGAAGGUUCAAGAAACAACUGUUGGAAGCACACAAGGCCAAGUUUGAUGAACUAAUGAGACAGCUUGAGUUGAAGUUGCCCUUCAUCGACGCCUUGAUGCUCAUUCCACCUUAUCAGAAAUUUCUGAAGGAUGCUGUUCAGCAAAGAACCAGGGAAGCACAAGGGAUGGUAGUGUUGACGCGAGUGCAGUGCAAUCAUUCAGCGGAAGGUCAUCUCCGACAAAAAGGAAGAUCCGGGGAGUUUCACUUUGCCCUGCAUGUUGGACCCCUAUCUUUCAAAAACAGUCUCUGCGAUCUAGGAUCAUCUGUCAGCCUCAUGCCUUUGUCUGUAGCAAAGAGACUGGGAUAUCACAAGUACCAAGCCUGCGGAAUCUCACUAGUCUUGGCAGAUAGAUCGAUAAGGUUACCAACUGGGAUGCUUGAAGACCUGCCUUUGAGGAUAGGGAAUGUGGAGAAAUCCCCACAGACUUCAUUGUGCUUGAGAUGGAUGAGGAACCAACAGAUCCAUUGA